AAGAAGAGAUAACGUUGGACGGUUACUACCUGCCUCAUAGACACGUGAUUAAAGAGAGCAGCACUACAAGGAUAAGACCAGUGUUUGACGCUUCGGCUGCCGGGAACGAUGGAUUUUCACUCAAUCAGUGUUUAGAGACAGGUCCGAACUUAAUUGAGUUGAUUCCUAAUAUAUUGGUACGUUUCAGGCGCCAUAAGAUUGGAGUAACCGCAGACAUCCGUAAGGCCUUCUUGCAAAUAAGCGUCUCGCAGGAAGACAGAGACGUGUUACGAUUCCUCUGGUGGAAGAAGUCGUGCUCAGAAGAAGUAGAAGUAUACAGGCAUCGAAGAGUGGUUUUCGGCGUGUCCAGUAGUCCCUUUUUAUUAGGCGGAACCAUCGAAUAUCAUUUGGAGAGGGCACUGCAAGGAGCCGAAACUGAAGACGAGAGAAAGGUUAUUCAACACCUUCAGAAAUCUUAUUACGUGGAUAAUUGCGUAACCAGCGUCGACUCGGAAGAUGAAUUAUUUUUAUUUAAAGAAGAAUCUAAACGAGUCAUGGCUAAAGGAAAAUUUGAUCUUCGUGGAUGGGAACAUUCUGGACAGAAAAGUAUAACAGAAUCAACCUCCGUGCUUGGUUUAAAUUGGAACAAGGAAGACGACACUCUGGGGCUGGCACCAUCAUUGCUGAAAUUACAGACUACUACAUCGAUUACGAAACGAGCUAUAUUGUCAGCGGCUCAACGAGUGUUUGAUCCUAUAGGCAUAUCAUCUCCUGCGUUUCUAAAGCCUAAGUUAUUGUUGCAGGAGCUCUGGUCGCAUAAGAUUACUUGGGACAUGGAAGUACCAGCAAACAUCAAGAUCGAAUUCAAUGAAUGGCAACAACAGCUCUUUUGGCUGGAGGGAUUACGAAUACCACGCUGGGCUUACCGACAAAAUAAAGAGACUAGAGAUUUAUCUUUUCACAUAUUCGUAGAUGCGAGCCAGGAUGCGUAUGCAGCUGCAUUAUUUGCGCGUACAGAGGGACCGGAAGAUGUCUACGUACAACUUGUUGCAGCCAAAUCCAGAGUGGCACCGGUAGAAAAGGCUACGAUACCUCGGUUAGAAUUGCUUGCCGCCACCAUUGGUGUUAGACUGUGGAAUUCACUAAAGGAUUCACUGGAUGCCGGAAAAAUAGAGGUCUUUUUCUGGUCAGACUCUACAACGGUUCUAGCUUGGAUAAACAGAGACAAGCCUUGGAACACUUUUGUCUAUAAUCGAGUAAAAGAAAUACGUAAGUUGUCAGAUCCGAAUCAGUGGCAUCAUAUCCCAGGAACUAUGAAUCCGGCAGAUCUACCCUCGCGAGGAUGUACAGCAAAACAUUUGGUGGAAUCCCGAUGGUGGGAGGGGCCAAAAUGGCUCAAGUCAUCUAAGCAGCAAUGGCCUAUCGGAGAUCAUGCUACAAACGAAGAGGAGAUCAAUAAAGAAAUGAAGAAGUCGGUCAAUAAAAAGAAGAUUCAGUCGAGUGAUGCAUUGUCGGAAGAAAGGUGCAUGCUUGCUUUAUCACAAGAAGAAGGUUGGUAUAUGAGAAGGCAGUCCAGCUACCUGAAGAUAGUACGUACUGUGGGAUGGAUUCUUCGUUUUAUUAGUAAUUGUCGAACGUCACGAGAUUCAAGAUUAGUAGAUGAAUUGACGGCGAAGGAAUUCACUACAGCUGAGCUCACGGUUUUAAGAUUGAGUCAACAAGAGUCCUUUAACGGAAUAAGCGAUGCAAGAUUCAAAACUUUAAACGUGUACGAAGAUGAAAACAAGUUGCUGCGACUGAAAUCACCAGUCAUCAACCGAGAAGAUACAUACGACUUUCGUUGUCCUAUCGUACUAGAUCCAAAACACUUAUUGAUCAAGAAGUUAAUUGAUUAUAAGCAUAAACAACUGAAUCACGCUGGAAUUCAGAUUGUAAUGGGUAAUCUACGAGAAAUGUGUUGGAUCCUUAAUUGUAGAGCUGCAGUACGAUCAGCGAUAAGUAAUUGUGUAACAUGCAAGCGUCACAAAGUUAAUAAGUUAGAGGCUACUUCCGGAGACCUACCCAACGAGCGAGUGAAGGAUGCCAAGGUAUUCGAGGUUGCCGGAAUCGACUAUGUAGGACCAUUAUACCUAAAGAAUUCGCAAAAGGCAUGGAUAUGCUUGUUUACAUGUGCAAUCUAUCGAGCAAUCCAUUUUGAACUUACCACAUCACUAUCCACUGAUGCCUUUCUGCAAGCGCUACGCAGGUUUAUAGCAAGAAGAGGAAGACCUGCAAUAAUUUAUACUGACAAUGGAACAAAUUUUGUGGGAGCUCGUAAUCUGCUUCACAAAAUUGAUUGGGACAAGAUCAAGAGGUUCAGUGCAACACAGAAGAUAGACUGGCGCCUUAAUCCUCCUGCAGCGCCAUGGUGGGGAGGAUGGUGGGAGCGCUUGGCCAUCAUCAACUCACGUCCAUUGGGUUAUUUGGCGGAUGAUACCACGCAGUUGAAACCUUUAACACCGAUGAUGUUCUUGCAAGAAACCAUUCAAAACGAAGUUCCAGAUUUGGAUAGAGUAGAAGUCAAUUUGACCAAACGAAUAAAAUAUCGACAAAGCUUACGGGACGAAUUACGCAAACGCUUUCGUUCCGAGUAUUUGGGUCAGCUGUCUCGCAGAACAAAAAGUAACAGUUUUGUAAUCAAGGAAGGAGACAUCGUUCUGUUGGGACAUGACAAUUUAAAACGACUAGACUGGCCGCUAGCUAGGGUGGUCAAAGUAUUGCCAGGUAAAGAUGGAGUUACACGAGUAGUCAAACUAAAGACUGCAACUGGUGAACUGGUGCGACCCGUUCAACGACUGUAUCCCUUGGAGAUGCUCCCGAGCACUAUGGAGACAGUGGAUUAUGACAUGAACGCAGCCGACCAGACCAAGGAAGAGGAUCAAGCAGCUACCAUAGAUGCCACCCAAGACGUCCUUAAGAGAGAAUUCCGGACCAGAAGCGGUAGACGCGUAAAAGCUCCGGAUAGACUCGGGUUUUAA